AGAAUGCAAAGUAUUAAAAGUGGUAUUAAAGUCCAAAGUAAAGGUAAAGCAUGGGAAAUAAUAAAAUGUUUGUGGUUUGGUGUUGUAUAUUGAUCUGCUUAAAUCUGUUUGUUAUAAAAAGAAAAAAAUUGAGAAAUGAUUUUCAAGACUUUAUGGGGUAUAAAUAAGCAUGAUAGCAGGUUUAUGGUCAGCAGGAAGAACAGAUGUGUUUUCCUCUAUUUACUCUCUACAUAAAGCCAUUUAACACUGAUGAAUGCAGAGAAUGGAAAGAUAAUACAGACUUGAAAUUUUGCAUUAUCUUGCGUAAAAGGGCACGCUUCAUUUCAGUUGUUGCUAUAGAUGUUUAUGUAGGUACAAAGUACAGGCAUCUCUAUCAUAAGCAGUCAGCUUCUUCAGUUCUAUAUGUUUCUUCUUAUCAUCAGAUAUUAUGAUGACAGGUGCAGGAGAUACAAUCGAUACGCCAUGACCAGAAACUGCUAAAAGUUUAGGUUAAGUCUGGUUUAUGGCUGAGCAUGAACAUCUUGUUCUAUAUGCACUCAGUGAUGUGCUUGGUCAAGCAGAUAUCCCAUCUGUUGCUUCAAUGUGAGAGUGGAUGGAACAGACAGAGACGGGAAGCAACAGGCAGACACGCUGCUGUGGGAUUCCUACCUUUGUGAAUAUGUAUUAAACCAUUUUCAACGCUAACAGGAUGUUUGUGCCUCGAAUCUGGGUUUUUGGACAUGAGCAUUAAUCCAAAUGACAUUGUUCUUCUGGGGGACCCCUGGAUCUAAGGAACGGACAUGAACUCUUCGGGCUGUGCUGUAUCACUGAUAUCUCAAAGAGAUGUGGACAAUUUCUCCCAAAAUGUGGCCAGCCUAUAUCACAGUUGGCAUCCAGAAUCAGCGUUCCUUCCCUUUCACCUAGAAAUGAAGAUGUUUCUGCUUCCAACCACCAUCUGCUUUGUGGCUGCCAUUCUAGUGACACCUCUUAUUCUGUUCUCUAUCUUUUCCAACUUUAGUCUGCGUAAGGAAACUCGCUUCCUUCUCCUUGGAAAUGCCCUGGUUUCAGAUUUAAUAUAUCUGUUUUUGUACACUAUCAGCACAAUAUGUAACAUGAUCAACAUACAUAUCCCUAAGCAUGUGUGUGCACUGCUUCUAUUUUUACUGGCUGCAACCUACGGCGGUGGAGUUCUAACGGCAGGAGGAAUGGUGGUGGACACGUACCUGGCCAUUCUGUGGCCUCUACAUUACUUGAUCCUCGUCCCUCCAUCAAGAACUAAAAAAAUGAUUGUCUUGCUAUGGUUCUCCUCGUACCUCUUUGCUGGCAUCUUGUUUUUAGGCUUGUACUUUACUCAAGAACCUAUUCCAUGCCAAUAUGAUUUGUGUUCUCUUCCAGUCAUACUUAUUAUGACCUUACAUGGUGACCAAACAAUAAGGCUGUUCCAUAUUCUUUUUAUUGUAUGUUUUCUAUUAUUCUUUUCAAUGAUUUUGUGCUGCUACAUAUUCCUGUGUUACAAAACCAGAGAAAGUGGUUUGUGGAAAGGUGUUUCUUCCAGGGCCAGCGUCACGUUCUUGAUGCAUCAUGUCAUCCUAGGGUUCUACUUUUGUCCUCUUCUUCUUCUGUUGGCAGAAUCCUUAUUAUACAUGAAUCACGUUAUAGGUCUAAAGAUUGGAAUACUGAUCACAUUGACCAUUUGUAAUGUUCUAAUUGUCUUGCCAAAGGGUAUUUCUCCAUAUCUAUAUGGGCUCAGAUAUAGGGAGAUAUAUAAAUCUCUCAGGCUGUUUUGCAAAUUUAAGUGGCACAGUUUUGUAACAUUAGCUACAGAUAGACUUGGGGGUAAUACAAAGUGA